GAUGAGAAUGAGAAAGAAGAUAAUUAUGAGAUUGAAAGGGAUAACGGACUUGAUAGUGAUAGUCUUCUCACGGAAUCCUCCUCCAGUUCUAUUUCUCAUCCACUGAAUAAAAACGAGUCGUAUGAAUCCCUCGCUACAGAGUCAUCCCUGGAAUCAGACGAGGAGGAAGGAAAUGUCGGGGGGCUUCAGGAAACUCGGAAUGAACCGUCUCCAGUGCUACUACUGGAUUUUGACUCUCCACCGACGCCUUUGGUUGACAGUACUCGAGCUAACUUACCAUCGUUGAAUCACCUACUUAUCCCUACCGUCGUUUCUCCGUCUUCCCAAACCCGCCUUCCGACAGUUCCCAUGCUUCCUGAUGAAGUAGCCAUCGAGUUGAAUAUUCCUUCUCACGAGUUGUCAACGCCCGAGUGGUUCUUUGUUACGCCCACCUAUGCCGAACCCCUGUUGGUGGAGGCACGCUUUACCCGCACUGUCUCCGUGUUUGGUCCGCGUCAAACGAACCUCGAACUACGUUUUACUAAUCGCAGCACUGUUCCUCAUCACCACCUCAAUCGACUGCGACUUGACACUUCCGAUGCUCUUCCAUCCUCUCGUCCAAAUGGUACCUCGGCACGCAUUGUUCAGCCCUUCACUGAAGUGGAAUCUCUGGAAGUGGGUGCAAUCAAAAACGCCUUUAUGGGAGUGGACUUUUGCAACUCCACACAGCCUCUUCGCUUUGGUUUGAGGUACCAAUUGAACUCGGAGGAACAGGAGCAGGUGCAGGAUGGUGUCAAAAAGCAGGCGCUAGAUCAGGUGCUCAAUGUUGAAAUUAAACCGCCUGUGGGAGAGCUUUUUCAGCCUCUCAAUAUCAAUGUCAGUGAAUUUGUUUCUAAACAAGCUACCCUUCGUGGCAUGCACGAUACGACAAAAUCAUUUUCCUGCGCCAAUGAAAAUGUCGAUUUGGUACAACUGGCAAAAUGCCUGCUUCAGAGGGCAAAUUUGAGUCUGAUAGGAGCCUAUAGCAAGACCAUUGUGGACGAUUCUGGUGCCGAUGUCUUCGCUGUUGCUGAUACUUCCACCACAGCAAUGCGCAUUCUACGAUUGGCUGGUGUCACAGCGGGUGGAAAUGAGAACGAGGCUACCUGUUGCCUCAUUGAGGUGGUUCUGUCCUCUAUGUCGAAUUCCUCAGGGACUCUUCGAGUUCAAACCGAGGCCAUUACUUUAGGCCUUCAGUUGGCUGACGAACUGGCUGAUUGUCUAUCCAGACUUCAGUAA